GAAGGAAGUGGAAGCCUUCAGGUUGCGUGUCAAAUCGACAGGCCGCGAAGUCAUCCACAGGAAGAGGACAGGAAGAGGACAUGAAGCAUCGGUCUAUAAGGUACGUAACCCAUAUUGAACAAGUAUAAAAGUGUAUGGACUUCUAGGUUUUUCUGCCAUGGGCCAGGUACAUCCAUUUAACUUUCCGAACACUCCAGAUCGAGCAUCGCACCGCACGCAGCGUGGCUGUUCAGAAGCAUUCUUAUACUAUACCCCCUAUAUUAACUCAGGUAUACGAGCACUCGGCUCCAACCUCAACAUUACAUUCACCUUUUCAUCAACGAACGGACUAGCUAUGGCCCCUCGAUACAGCAAAGCCGUGGUCGUCGAGACCUUGAAGCAAAUCAGGAAUGAUUUCAACCGCCUUCUCCACCGGCGCGGCGUCAGGAAUUGUGCAGACCUCGAACGGGUGGUGCGACGCAUGCGGAACCAAGUGGCCCGGGAACUCGAAAGGGAACGAGAUCAUCCAGCUGAUGGAGACUUCAACCCGUGGAUCGAGUGGUGCGAUAAGCCAAGCAGGCGGUGGGCUAGAAUUGGGAGCCUACUUCAUCAGGGGGUAGACCCGCAGACCAUUGCGGACGCCUACCUGUAGACGAGUUCAGGGCAUCACUUUAUCAUUUGCCAGAUUUUGUGUCGGGAAUCCGGGUAGGUUAGACCCCAGAGCAGACACCAUGUGGCAUGUACUCCGUAA